AUGAAUCGGAUAUGCCAAACGUCCUAUGGAACUCUGGAGGUUGUUCUCAACCUCGCCGGGUAUAAGGGGAAUUCCAAUCGGCAGCUGGUACACGUCUACCGAGACCGUUUCGCCGGAACGUGGCACGACGCUGGCAUAGUCACAUCUAAACCUUCCUCUGGCGGUUCGAUCAUCCAAAACCUUGUCAAGACUAAUAGCCAGGGAGACGGGAACCUAGAGGUUAUUGUUCUAGAAGACAAUGGUCGCGUGAAACACUACACGCGCAAGGGCGCUACCUACAUGGACGGUAUCACUCAUAGAUGGCAACUCGCGGGCACGGUCAAUGCCGACAGACAUCCCUACUACGGCAAGAUAGUUGCUUCCGAGGCCUCCCCAAUCUUCCAAUGUAGCUUUCCAGCGCCCGAAUCGAAAGAAUACACGCUCGAGACUGUGCUAGUCGACGCUAUCGGCAAUGCUUUCCAUUACUGCUGCUAUCAAGCAUUUAGUAGUCUAGACGACACGACAUCUUAUCGUUGGGUCCUGGGCUCCAGGAUCACAACUGGUGCCGUUGGACCGGUUUGGCUCUACCAGGAUUCCAAAGAAGACGGCCUCAAGGCAUUGAUCCCACAAGACAAGGGGAUCUUUCAGUACUCGUUCGUAGAUGGAGUCUGGAGCCGUGUAUCGAAUAUUUUCGACGGUCAUGCUUUCGCAUGCACCUUCAGGCCAAACCCCACAUUGCCAUCAAGAGUUUACGUUGCUAUGAAAGAGGGUGGGAAAAGCAUUGCGACUGACAUGGUGGGGAAGCAUCCCUUGCUCUUGAGCCCAGGGGGUCUCAUGUCAAGAACUGCGUUGGGCCGUGGCCAUCAAACGUACCGAGGACAUCCUGUGGCGAUUGUGUCGCAGUUUCAAGGUACUCUGGGCUAUUCCUCGAAUGCGGAGGCAAUUUCGAUUCAACCUUGCGGAACUGGAUGGCACGACACGUGGAUGGUUCUGCAUUGGAGUUAUCUGACCAAUGGCGAUGAAUGGAAGAUAUCAGGCGUGCUCCUCAGUUGUGUGGAGGGGAUACCAAUGUGA